AUGAUUUUCCUCCUCGGUGGCUGUGAUUGCAUCCCUCAACUACAAGCCGGGAAGGGGGGUGGGUGCACGGUGCAGGGGCGGCAGUCCAGAGACCAAGCCCAAAAUCCCCACAAGUCACUGACUGACGAAUUUAAGGAGCCUUCAGUUGAGUCGGCUGAUUCCCAAGAUCUAUUGCUAUUUGACCUUUGCUCAACCCUCCCAGAUUCGAACGGUUGA